AUGUCUCGAUUGGUUCCUUACCUAGUGACGCCGGAACCAAAGCGAAUCGCCCGCUUCAUUAGGGGUUUAGCCCCAGAAAUCAAAGCUAGUGUCAAGGCCUCUCGACCGACUACUUUUAGGUCAGCAGCUGAUUUAUCUCUAUCCCUCACUCUGGCUGCAGUCAGGCUGAGAUCGCUUAAGAGCUCUGAAGAAGGAAAGAGGAAGCGUGAGGAUGAUAACUCACGACGGUCUGAGAAGAAGCAUAAAGGUAACACAGACCACAAGAAGAAGUCUGAGUCUAACAAGGGUAGCCAGCAGACAGAUGAGAAGCCAAAGUGCAAAACUUGCCAAAAGCGUCAUUUUGGAAAAUGCAGGUUUGAGUCAAAGUCUCAGUUAAAGCCGAUUGCAUGUGGGUUAUGCAAGUCCAAGGAUCACAAGACAUUAGACUGCAAGAAAAUAAAGGAUGCGACGUGCUAUAAGUGUAAUGAAAAAGGACACAUCAAGACCAACUGCCCUAAAUAUGCCAAAAAGCCUGAAGAGGUCAAGAAGACCAAUGCAAGGGUCUUUUGA